AUGUUUCGCUGGUUGGCGGUCAUCGGAAUUGUCACGAUCGUUAACGCCCAAAACGUGCAAAAACCCUGUCCGGAUGGCUGGGUCCAGUAUGGGCAGCUGUGUUAUAUGUAUUCCGGGAGUGUACAGAGGAGCUGGCUGAACGCGAUCAAUUACUGUGCGACGGUCGGCGGUCAGCUUGCGGGCGCUUACAAUCGAAGCACGCUGAACUUUCAAAUUGGGCUAUCCCCGAAUCCACUCUACGCCACCUGGGGUGGCCUUUAUCUCGAUGGAUCGACGUGGAAAUUUGUGGACUACACCUAUUCCUUUAAUCUCUACGAAAUGUGGGCUCCAGGGGAGCCGCUGGCUAACCAAGGCGGAUGCGGCGCCAUCCGCUCAGGGGCCCAGAGCGGGUAUUUCAACGUACCCUGCCAGAAUUCCCAGCCUUUCAUCUGCUCACAGAAAAUUGCUACAUGCGAUACCAGCAACCUGACAGCCGUCUACGGCGUCCGAGGCACCGUUCAGUCCCCAAAUUUCCCGGAUACCUACUCGAACAACGAGAAUUGCAUCCAGCACAUUGUCGCCAACCAGAGCCAAUUCGUCGACUUGGCCUUCGAUGCGUGGAAUGUUGAGCCGAGAUACGACUAUUUGGUGCUGUACGAUGGGUGGUACCCGGGAGAAGACGCGCUCGUCAUCGCAAACCUUACCUACGACCCGACCAACAUCACCGACAACAGCACGAAGCCGAAUUUUCAGACUACCAGCAACGUGAUGACGCUGCAGUUCAUCACCGACAACUCGGUGCAGCGCACCGGCUGGCACGCCAAUUAUACGCUCCUGGUAGAAUUUGCUAUAGCUUUAAAU